AUGGACUCGACGCACCGCCGGGUCGAGGUGCAGUCCGCAGCGGACAUGACCUACCUGAUGGCCAACGCGAAGCGGGCUGCGCGCGCGAAGAUCGACCUGCACCUGCCGCCGUCGGCGGCGCCGGAGGGCGGCGAGGAUCUGCUACGAAGGCGGGUGGAGGAGCUGGUGGACGAGUACAUCAAGGGCGUGUUCGCGACUGCGAGACACGGCAUCAGCGUCAACGGAGUGGACGCCGGCGAGGUGGAGGAGGUCGUCACAGAAGAAUUCGAGCCUAUCGACAGCCGCCUCGUGGACAAGAUCCGCGCGCUCGAGGCGCAGAGGGAAUCGCUCACCGAGAAGGUGGCGGACCUGCGCCGUGAGGCUCCGAAGAAGGCGGCCGGCGCCUACGAAGCCGCAUAUCUCAAGGAGGCGGAGGAGACCGAGCGCCUGGCCCGGGAGAGGGACGAGGCCGCGGUCCGCGCUGCGGCGGACGAGACCAGGCUGGAGGCGGGCGAUAUGCGCCGGUGGGGCGACGUGCAGCAGAUGUGGGAGAGGGGCACGCAGAGUCUCGUGGACCUAAAGGAUGCACUGCCAGACACAGCAGCACGGUUGAAGCAGGCGGAGACGGUGGCGCAGCAUUUAGAGGGCAAGUCAUGA